AUACCAAAAAUUCUCCUCCAUUCUAGACAUUUGAAACUCGCAAUCAAACAUUCACCCUGGAAAUUACAUCUGUGACUGACCUAAAGCAAGACGUAAAGUACACUGGGUACACAAUGGCGUGUUUUUUCGUAAAUUUGCUACUAUAGGAGGAAUUUGUCCUGGAAUCUUCCAAGUUUCAAAAAUAUAAUGUGUAUAUAAGGUUAUAAAUUCGAGUUUUCAGUGCACAUUGGUUCCGUUUGUCCCGAUACUGACGGCGGGAGCUCAAAUCUGGACAGGGGUCGUAUAAUUGCCUAAAUACUCUUUUCAAUAAUGCACCUUUUGGUUAGUGGCAUACAGAACCCCUGAAGAUGUACAAGGACGAGAUUUCAAGGGCCAAUUCCGUCCUGAUGCACAAAAAAAUCAAAAUCCACAGAGUACUGGAAUCCCUCAUUGGAGAUCCUAUCUUAUCGCAUUGGAUUGGAGCAGAUGGUAUAGUGGCUGGCACUGCUCUUGGUAGGAUAUCCGCCUACCUAUUCGACUGCAAAACUCUCGUCUUUGACGAAGAUACCAAAUCUGAUAAGUUGGACUCUGUCUGCUCCGAAGACCCUAGGCACGAGUCUGCCUCUCCAGAUACGCAAGAAGGUAAAGAGAAUGACAAGUCUGAGGAGGAACAUUCAUGUCAAACGCCUGUGGAUGAUGAACCGGAAGCAUCUAGCACUCAUGCGGAAGCCAGCGGGGAUGUAAUUGUAGAGAUUAAAGAGGAUUUACCUUCAACCCAUAAAAGUGAUAUAUCCGUUUCUCCAAUGGGAGAGGAAUGUUCUAAAAUGCCGGAAGGGAAAUAUACAGUUUUUGCCACGUUCUCAGACGAACCUGUGUAUGCUGCCUUCAUCUGUAAUCGGCUCUUGUACUGUAUGAUCGGCACAAGUUCAAUUUGCAUUUAUGAUGUCGAUGCAUACUCUAUAAAGGAGGAGUAUGGAUUACAGCUGUCUAGAAAUGCUGGGUACAAGCAGGUGCUAUUUUCAGAUCAUAAAGUGCUAAUAGAAUCGGUCAGAGGAUCUACAGUUGUAGAUCCUGUAAUCCACAAACAGUCAAUAACAUAUGCGAGAUUAUGCCCCUGCAACAUCUUGGAUUUUAAUGGGAAUAUGAUGAUUGGCUAUGGAAAGUCUGAAGAUUAUAAUGUCAUGGUUUUUUGCAUGGAUGAAAGUAAACUAGAGAGCAGGCAAAUUUUUUCGGUUACCUUGUCUAAAAAGGUGCAUUUGGUGACUCAUGGAAAGUUUUGGGGCCAUGGGAAAAUUGUAAUUGUCUGCGAUAUGCUCGACAUUCUAGUCUUUAACUAUUUAGACAAUGUGACAGAUCCGGUUGCAAAAACUAGGGUGAAGGCUGAUAUAGUGGACAUUUGUUGCGGAUUCCCCUCGUUUUUGAUACUGCUUACAAAAAACUCGAAGAUAUCACUGCUACACAGGGAAACUUUGGAAAUUUUUUAUUCCUUGUCAGUUUUUCCCGCUACAUUUGAAAUAGGAUGGCCGUAUACUAUAAUAAAUCAUGAAAACAUGCUCUCAUUUACUGCUGAUGAGGGUGUCUAUUGUCUGGAACUUCCAAAAGAGGUUAACGAAUUAUUCAAGCAGACUGUUUAA